ACUAACAAAAAUGAGCUAUAACAACGGCGGCGGCGGCGGUGGUGGUGGCUAUCGAAACGAUCGUGACGAUCGCUACCAUAACAACGAUCGGCAAAAUUACCGCAGCAGUGACCAAGGUCGCUCCGGAUACAACGACGAUCGUCGGGACAAUCGCUACGAUGAUCGUCGCGGCUCCAACAACGAUCGUGGCUGCUACGAUCAACAUGAUCGUCGUGGAUCCUCCAACGAUGAUCGUAGAGGUUAUCGUGGAUACAACCAGGGUGGUGGAGGAUAUCAACAGCAAUACAGUCAGGAUGCCAGAUAUGGAUCCAAUCAGAGAAAUGACAAUUAUGGAAAUAAUCGUGGAAGUCACGGCGGCGCGAACAUGUACAGCCAAAACGGUGGAAACCGCGGAGGAGGAGGAGGACGUGUCGGUGGUGGCCGAACCGCUGCCGGUAUGUCGAAUCCUGGAGAUCUCGUCGGAGGUGCCGACCAGCCGAUCCAUUCAGUUUCGAAAAAGUCGCUCAGACACAACGCCCAGGAGUUUGCAGUCCGGCCGAAAACAAUGGUCCAGGAUAAGGGUCUCGGCCAGAAGACGACACUUUUGACGAAUCACACGUUGGUGCAACUCCCGCAGGAGCCCAUCACGCUUCACGUCUUCAAUAUUGAAGUAUUUAUUAAUGGAAAGUCUAGCAAUAAGCGAGAACUUUGUGGGCCACGAUUUUGGGAAAUUUUGAAGGAGAAUAAGCCCACUUUUGGCAUGCCAAAUCAGUACAUCUUCAAUGAUGUGAAUAUGAUGUGGUCGACGAAUAAGCUGAGACAAUCCGAGGGAAGAACUAAUAACCGGAGAAUGAAUUUCGUUUGGAAAUAUGUGAAACAAAUCAAGUUUGGAGGAAAUAUUGAGGAUGAGGAGACCAUGCAGCUUUUGUCAACACUUAUUGAUGCGAUUGCAACGCAGAGAGCUCGCUUGCCACUUGCCCCACCAAAGUACACUGUGUUCAAAAGAUUAACAUAUCUAAUUUGCGAAGAAGCGUACGAACCCGAGCUUCCGGAUGUGUCACUGUGUCAUAAACUGAGAAUUGGUACAGACGCGAGAGUUGGAGUUUCGAUUGCUAUUCGCACAAAUCUGAGAGCCGGAAUCACUGCAUGCUUUGAUCUUGGUCACACACUGUUCACACGUCCAGCCUACCCACUGGUUCGUCUCCUCUGCGACAUCAUCGAGCACAGUGUUGUCCUCGAUGAAGCCUUUGAGAUGAAGUAUGAUGCUGCUCUCAGAGCAUGUAAUGUUUCCGACGAGAAUCUUCGAGUCAUGACUCAAAUCUUGACAAAAAUGACGCUCCAGCUGUCAACUGAAACUGGCGACUAUGUCGGUGAGGACGGAGAAGUGAUUGUUCGUCCGGCUCCAACAAUCCGUAAUCCUGGACGGAAUUUCAAGUUUGUCGGGCUCGGAGCUCCGGCCGAUCGAUAUUACUUCACUUCUGAUGGAGUUGAGUUGACCGUCGCCGACUACUACCUCCAAAAGUAUAACAUUCGGCUUCGCUAUCCAAAUUUACCGUGUGUCCUGAAAAAAGCGCCGGAACAGUGUGGAAAUAAGCAUUCGGCGAUGCCGUUGGAACUCGUCAGCUACAUAGUCGUUCCGACGAGAUACGGAGGAUUUACGAUGCCCGAUAUGAGGGCAGAUAUGAUCAAUAAGACUACGUAUACAGCUCAGCAACGUGGAAAGCUUCUUCAACAUAUCAUUGCUCAGAAGUCGCUGUCGGGAAUCGAACCGCCCGUGUCGAACAACGAUGAUUACAUGAAAAAGCAUAAACUUGUCAUGAAAAGGGAGCCGAUCAGAGUUAAAGCCACAAUCCUACCACCUCCAACUCUGGUUUAUGGUGAUUCUGUAUUCCACGAUGAGCAUCAUAUCGGAGAAUGGGAAGCUGUUACUCAUGAUCCACCGAGACAAGUUUUGGAUGGUGCUGUGUUUCGGAGAAAACUCUAUAAGUCUUCUGAGCAGCCGCUCAUGAAGCGUCUCAUGGGCUCGAUUCUUCUGAUUCAAUCGCCGAGACAAUGUAGAGAUUUCGAUUACAAUCAGCAAGGAUAUCACGCAAUCAUGAGAGCCAUCGAAGACAGUGGUCAACCAGUGUUGUGGGCUGACGAGAAUAAGCAUUCGGCCGUGAUCCAGGGAGAGCUCCAAUUUAAUCAAAAUCAGCAUGGAAUCGAAGUAAUUGAGCAAUUCCUCCAAAAUAUCAAAUCGACAAUUGGCGAGUACGAACGAGACGGCGAAGUCAUCGUUCCGAUUGUUUUUGCCGUUUUCCAGGCGAGAGCCACUGUGUAUUCUGGCAACAAUAAUGAGUAUAAUGAUUAUAAUGUUCUCAAGUAUCUUGCCGAUAACAAGUAUGGAAUCCACACUCAAGGAAUUCUCGAGAAAAGUCUCGGAGUUGUUGGGCCUUCACCAAAGAAUUGCGCCCUAACCCGAUUGAUGGUGGAAAAAGUGCUCGGAAAAGUCGGAACCACUCAUCGCAAGCUUGAACGCGGCGGAGCUCACAAGACAUGGACAAUUUUCACAGAUCCCGCCAAGCCAACGCUAGUUCUCGGAAUCGACGUUUCUCAUCCAUCGACUCGUGAUCGUGAGACUGGUAAUGUACUUCAGAAAAUGUCUGCAGCGACCGUCGUCGGAAAUAUUGAUCUAGAUGUCACCGAAUUCCGAGCAUCUUCAAGAAUUCAGGAUACAGGUGUCGAGUGUCUGAUCGAUUUCUCGAAAGAGAUCGAUGAACGAAUCGGAGAGUUCAUAGAUCACACUGGGAAACGUCCAGCACAUAUUGUUGUCUAUCGUGACGGGCUAUCAGAGGGAGAUUUCCAAAAGUACCUGUUCGAGGAGCGCGUUUGCAUUGAGGAACGAUGCCUUAAAAUCGACACCUCAUUCCAACCAUCAAUAACGUAUAUCGUAGUUACCAAGCGACAUCAUACUCAAUUCUUCCUAGAAGAUCCGAGUCAAGGAUACGAAUCACAGGGUUACAAUGUCCUACCGGGAACUUUAAUCGAAGACGCUGUUACCACCAACAAGUACUACGAUUUCUUCCUCUCCACACAGAUCGGCAAUGAAGGAUGUUUCCGUCCAACUCAUUACUAUGUGCUUCACGAUACGUGGACCGGGAAGCCCGACUCGUUCUGGCCGACUGUCACGCAUGCGUUGACCUAUAAUUUCUGUAGAUCAACGACCACUGUCGCGUUGCCAGCGCCGGUGUUGUAUGCUCAUUUGGCGGCGAAACGUGCCAAGGAGACGCUGGAUGGAAUCAAUACGUACAAGUCAGUAAAUAAUAUCUACUGCGACCUCGAAUCAUUCGGAGACCUCUGCGAAGUCAACAAGGACAUGAAUGUCAACGAAAAGCUCGAAGGAAUGACAUUUGUCUAAUAUGUUUCUUAAUGAUUUCAAUCAACUGUUCCAUUUUUCACGUUCUUUAUUAUAUUUACCCUAACAACCAACCUUUAAUCAACUAAAAUGUACAAGUAUUUCGACAUCAUUUUCCCAAUUUUCUCAACUAUUCCUUUACUUUUACACUUUAAAUUGCCCCGAAAUUGCUUAUUUCUUGUUCCAUAUUUCAAAUUUCAAAUUCUCGGAUUCUCACUUGCCCCUAAUCCCACAAAAGUUUUAAAAUUUGCCACAACAAUAAUAAUAAACCCCCAAGCAGUU